AUGACCAACAACGAAACGGUGGCACCCGCCGCAGUCGACGGCGCCGCUGACAACACCACCGCCUUAGGUGGAGUUAAAACUGUUAGCCGCGAAAGUGCGCAACCAUACAAGCCCGUAGUACCCAGAGAGCUGGCCCAAGAUUUUGCCCGUCCGGCCAGAUUAGACAUACUAUUAGACAUGCCGCCGGCGUCCAAAGAAAUGCAAAUCAAACACGGUUGGAACGCGGAGGAUAGGUCUCUAAACAUAUUUGUCAAGGAAGAAGACAAAUUGACAUUCCACAGGCAUCCGGUAGCCCAGAGUACCGAUUGCAUCAGAGGUAAGACUGGCUUGACCAAAGGUCUGCACGUGUGGGAAGUUAACUGGUCGACCAGGCAACGCGGAACGCACGCAGUGGUCGGCGUCGCGACACAAGAUGCACCUCUACACUCUGUCGGUUAUCAGAGUUUGGUGGGAAGUAACGACCAGUCAUGGGGCUGGGAUUUAGGGCGUAACAAAUUGUACCACGAUUCGAAAAGCUACGACGGCAUUACGUAUCCGGCCUUGCUCAAGCCCGACGAGACGUUUAUAGUGCCAGAUAAAUUUUUAGUCGUUUUGGAUAUGGACGAGGGAACACUAUCCUUUGUCGUAGACGGCCAGUAUUUGGGCGUUGCGUUUAGAGGCCUCAAGGGGCGGAAAUUAUUCCCAAUUGUCAGCGCUGUUUGGGGUCACUGUGAAAUUACGAUGAAAUACAUCGGCGGACUAGAUCCUGAACCUUUACCGCUGAUGGACCUAUGUAGACGAGUCAUUAGACAACGAAUCGGUAAACAAUACCUAGAAGAACGCGUCAUGGACCUGAACCUGCCGCAGUCUCUAAGCGUUUACUUAUUAUACCGGGACAGGAGAUAA